CGAUACAAAUCUAUAAAAGUAGGUCAACUUAAAUAUAUUGAUAGUAUGCAAUUUAUGAAUACUAGCUUAGCCUCUCUUACAAAGAAUUUGGGUGAUAACCACCCAAUUACAACUGAGUAUUUCAAGAAGCAAGGCUAUUCUUCUGAACAGAUUUCAUUAGCAUAUCGCAAAGAAAUCUUUUCUUAUGAAUACAUAGACUCUCAUGACUAA